AUGGCGUCGAUUCUCCGCUCGACGAAGGGGCUGGUUGCUGUGAUAACUGGAGGCGCCUCAGGACUUGGGCGUGGCACCGCUGAGACUCUUGUGAAAGCAGGAGCAAACGUCGCCAUUUUGGAUUUGCCAUCAUCGAAAGGUGCAGACGUAGCCAAAGAACUUGGACAGAAUGCGCUGUUUACUCCAACAGAUAUCACUGCUGACUCUGAGGUUCAAGCUGCUUUCGAUCAAGUAAAAAACAAAUUUGGCCGAUGUGAUGCAAUUGUGAAUUGUGCUGGAGUGGCAAUGGCAUUUAAACUAUACAGCGUCACCAAGAAGAAGAUGGCUGAUCCAGAGAAGAUUCGGAAAACAAUCGAGGUUAAUGUGAUGGGUACUUUCAAUGUUAUUCGUCAUGGAGUGGCUCUAAUUGGAGAAAACGAGAAAGAUGAACACGGUCAACGUGGUGUUGUAGUAAGCACUGCAUCUGUGGCCGCAUUUGAUGGGCAAACUGGGCAGUCAGCCUAUUCAGCGUCAAAAGGCGCGAUUGUAGGAAUGACGCUUCCCCUUGCGAGAGACUUUGCGGAUGACGGGAUACGUUUCAUGGCAAUUGCUCCUGGACUUUUUGACACGCCUCUGCUUUCUUCACUCCCGGAAAAGGUCCGGACAUUCCUAGCUCAACUGGUCCCCAAUCCAUCGCGAAUGGGAAGCCCCGAAGAAUUCGGUGCACUAGUGCAACAUAUCAUUCAGAAUCGCUAUCUCAACGGAGAAGUAAUCCGUCUUGAUGGUUCACUUCGUAUGCCGCCGUAA